AUGCCCCCCAUCCUCACAUGCACUGGCAUGUGUCGUUUUACCCUGCCCCACUGCCUAGGCAACGGGGACAUGCUGGUUGUCCUCGACAUGCUCUGCGCCUACCUCGAACACAAUGCAUCCUUACGGUCUGGGAUGGCUGCAAAUCGUGCCAACCCCGUAGGGUAUGGAGACUUUGUCCUCUCCUUCAACAUGAUGCAGACCACCAAUGGACUCGUGUCCUGCAUCACGGAAGAAUCAUCCAAAGGGCCACACAUCGGAGGCCCUUCCCCAUCCCUCACAGACCUCGUUGGUGAGGAUAUCCCCCCAGCCUUGCAACCCAACACCACCAAUCCACCGCCCCCGGAAGGCGGGCGUGGGAUUAAUCCUUGCUGGGCUGAGCUAUUGGAAGAGGCCCUGUGUAUGAAUAUUGAGACCACCAAAUGGCAAAGGGAAUGGCGCAACCGAAGUAUCUCGGAGCGGAAGGCAGCCAAAUGCGCCCGCCACACUGCUAGCAUCCCCCCUACCAAUCUGCCAAAGGAUUGA